AUGGACCGCCUCCAGGCGGAUCGGAUUCAGCCCGGAGACAUCGAGAAGCAGCGCGAGUUCUUGGUGGAGCUUUUCCACCAGAAACUGUACAAGGAGGUGGCCUAUGUGGCAUUGUACCUCGCCUCCUUCUUGCACACCAUGUGCAAUGUGGCGCAAGACCGACUGGGUGGCAAGUCAGAUUCAGCCGUGUCCGACGUGCCGGUGCUGCUGACUUCAGCGACAGCGGCCAAGGCCUUCGCUUCCGGCUUCUUGCGGCCUCGGGCAUUCACCGGGGAGUUCGUGAAGGUCUUGCCGGCUGCGGAGUCCCUGAUCGCAGUCCUCAUUGAGUCCGCCGAGGAGCAGGAACUUUGGAUCGGAGGACAGGCGCCAGACUGGGCCCAGCAGGCGGCUGACAGUGACUCCGCCUCCGACUAUGAGGAUGACUAA